GGUCUUUGACGUCAGAACUGCCCUAUAAAAGCCUGGCAAGGAAAGGCAAAGCUGAGAGCAGAGCCAGGGCGACAGCCAGGAUGCCAACUCCCAACUCUUCCACUUCUUCGGCCAAAGGCUUCCGCAGGGCGGUGUCAGAGUUGGACUCCAAGCAAGCUGAGGCCAUCAUGUCUCCACGGUUCAUUGGUAGACGGCAGAGCCUCAUUGAAGAUGCCAGGAAGGAGAGAGAAGCUGCAGCAGCUGCAGCAGCCGCAGCAGCAGCUACCGAAGCUGCGGAGUCCUCAGAAACUAUUGUCUUUGAGGAAAAGGAUGGGAAGGCCAUGCUGAACCUUUUCUUCAUCCUCAAGGGAGCCAAAACUUCCUCGCUGUCCCAUGCGCUUAAAGUGUUUGAGACAUUUGAAGCUAAAAUUCACCACCUGGAGACAAGGCCCAGCAGGAAGCCUCGGGCGGGGACCACUGAGCUGGAAUAUUUUAUACGAUGUGAAGUCCAUAGCUCCGAUGUCAGCACUCUCAUGAGCUCCAUCAAAAGGGUAUCAGAAGAAGUGAGGAGCACUAAGGAAGACAAGUUUUACUGGUUUCCAAGAAAAAUCUCUGAACUUGACAAGUGUCAUCACUUAGUCACCAAGUUUGACCCUGACUUGGAUUUGGACCACCCAGGAUUCUCUGACCAAGCAUACCGGCAGAGAAGAAAAAUGAUUGCAGAAAUUGCCUUCCACUAUAAGUAUGGGGAGCCAAUCCCUAGAGUCGAGUACAGGGCAGAGGAGAUAGCUACCUGGAGAGAGGUUUACUCCACACUGAAGAGUCUGUACCCGACUCAUGCCUGCAAAGAGCACCUGGAGGCCUUUUACUUGCUAGAGAGAUCCUGCGGCUACAGCGAGAACAACAUCCCGCAACUGGAGGAUGUCUCCUGCUUCCUGAAAGAGAGAACUGGGUUCCAGCUCCGACCUGUGGCUGGCUUGCUGUCUGCACGUGAUUUUCUAUCCAGCUUGGCCUUCAGGGUAUUCCAGUGCACACAGUACAUCCGUCAUGCAUCCUCGCCCAUGCACUCCCCAGAGCCGGACUGUUGUCAUGAACUUCUGGGGCACGUGCCCAUGCUGGCCGACAAGACGUUUGCACAGUUCUCCCAGGAUAUUGGCUUAGCAUCAUUGGGAGCGACUGAGGAAGAGAUUGAAAAACUUGCCACUCUCUAUUGGUUUACAGUGGAGUUUGGGCUCUGCAAACAGAAUGGAAUAAUCAAAGCUUAUGGAGCUGGGCUCCUAUCCUCCUAUGGAGAGCUAAUACACUCCUUGUCGGACGAGCCGGAGGUCCGGAACUUCGACCCAGAUGCAGCCGCCAUGCAGCCUUACCAGGAUCAGAACUACCAGCCAGUGUAUUUUGUAUCCGAAAGCUUCAACGAUGCCAAAGACAAACUCAGGAGUUAUGCUGCACGCAUCAAGCGACCCUUCUCGGUGAAAUAUGAUCCCUACACCCACAGCAUUGACCUCCUGGACAGCUCUCAGAAGAUCCACCACUCUCUGGAGAAUGUGAGGGAUGAGCUUCACUCCUUAAUCGAUGCUCUGAAUGUUAUCAGUUAAUAGAAAAACCAUGUUCCUUCUCUUCCCUCUGCCACUGGUGCUUCUUUCUUCCACCCUUACAGAGAUGGCGCCCUGCUCUGGCACUUGGCCACUGUGUUUUCAGCCAAGUCCUGGGCAACAGCUUCAACCCGUUUUCUCUUAGGCAACACCUCCACUUACCAGAGGAUCAACAUUCUGGCGAUCCAUCUUUCAGGGUUUGAUUUAGAGGGUCUUUACUAGACCCACUAAAUCUAAUGCUGAGGGUGCCCCCAUCCUCCUUGCAGUCAUGAGGAGUAAGGGAAGUUGACUGGAGCAUUUCUCCCAUUGACCUCCCACUAUGGAAAUGAUGCCAAGCUUGGCUUAACAUACGUUGACUCCAGCUAUGUUAUUUACAUAGCUGCAGUUGUGUACCUUAAGCUGAUCUUUCCCCUGCAGUGUAGACCUGGCCUUAGGUUUGUACUGUAGCUCAAUCCCCAUUAUAUUUCCACAGUCAUUUAAAGAUGUAUUUAAAGAUGAUCCAGUUUGAAUGGAAGAUGGAAGGAUUAAGGGCCUGCCCCAAAUCUGCUGACGUCACUGGAAUUCUUGUUGCCUACAAUGGACUUUGGCUCAGUCCCAAAUACAGCAUCACAUUACAGACUGUGGGUCACAGACUCGAGUGCAAUUGAGGAAAUUAAAAAGCAGAAGUAGUCAGGAGUCCAUUACAAAUAUUGGACAUACGGGAUUUUUAAUUUAAGAUUCUACAGGAAACAUGUCCAUUUAACUAAAAAAAAUCCCAGUAGCAGCUUCAUGAAGAACAAGCAGCCCUGUAUUGAAUCUCCUUUGAGGGCAAAAAGAGUUGUAAGUGAAUCCUACCAGAGCUAGGCCCUAUUUUUAGCUGAACUCCUAACCCAAAUUCAAUUUCUGAAAUUGGGCUGGGCUUUCUGGCCUGGAGUAGUCCCCCCAAAGCUAAAAUAAGAUCUUGAGCUCAACUAACCUUCCAGGCUGGAACAAGCAUCUAAGCCACAACAGACUUCCAAGCUGGGAUGAGUUUCUGAGCACUGGUAGAAGUGAAACUCGGAGCUACCUUAACCACAACCAUCACCUUAGAAUGGAAGCAGUCUUCUGAUUAGGCUGAACUCCCAAUCUGGAGUAACUUCCUUGGGACUAGUGGCCAGUUUUACAGACCUUUAAGCCCCACCCCUAGUAGAGUCUGGUCAAUUGGCCCCCUUCAUCUUAUCCAAAAUGGAGUCUAGUAGCAAACUUUGUGGCUUUUUCUGGCUCCCAAGAAAACUCCACCAGUGUGUUAGGACACGCUGUAAACACCUAAAAAUCUAUUUCCCCCCCAGGAUAAGGAUAAUUAGAAGGAGAGAAGGAGAAACCAGCCCUUCAGUGGAACUCUAUUUAUCUAAUUCCCAUUGGGACUCAUUAAGGAGUCUUAAUGAAAACAAACACACAUUGCACAUUUAACCCAUUCACAGAAUUACUGGGGGGCAGGGGAGCCUCCAUGCUCAGCCUGAUGUGUAGACUAAGUCUACACUGCAAAAUGAUUUCGAAAUAACUUAUUUUGAAACAACAACUCCCGA